AUGGUAGAGCAUGGUAUUGUUUUAGGUCAUAUAGUCUCUAGGAAGGGCAUUGAAGUAGAUCCUGCUAAAGUUAGCGUUAUAUCUUCUUUAUCUUACCCCACAUGCGUGCGGGAGGUGCGAGCUUUUCUUGGUCAUGCAGGAUUCUACAGGAGAUUUAUUAGAGACUUCAGUAAGAUUGUUCUACCAUUGUCUCAGCUACUUCAGAAGGAUGUUUUGUUUGAUUUCGAUCAGAGGUGCAGAGAGGCUUUUGACAGAUUGAAGGAGGCUCUUACUUCAGCACCUAUUAUCAGACCCCCAGACUGGUCCUUACCUUUCGAGUUGAUGUGUGAUGCUUCAGAUUAUGCAGUGGGAGUUGUACUAGCACAGAGAGUGGAUGGAGCACCACAUGCUAUUUGCUACGCUUCCAAGACUUUGGACUCAACUCAAGUAAACUACACAACAACAGAAAAAGAGCUUCUUUCUAUCGUUUUUGUUUUAGAUAAAUUCAGAUCAUAUCUUCUUUGUUCUCAUGUGAUUAUUUUUUCUGAUCAUGCAGCUUUGAAGUAUCUCCUCAAGAAGCCUGAUGCAAAGCCUAGAUUAAUCAGAUGGAUGCUUCUGCUUCAAGAAUUCGACGUAGAGAUACGUGAUAGGAGCGGGAAGGAGAACUUGGUUGCAGAUCACUUGAGCAGGAUCGAAGGAGACUUGGACCAUUCGGCUAUUGACGACGAUUUCAGGGAUGAGCAGCUUUUACAGUUGCAGGGUGAGUCUCCAUGGUUUGGAGUACCCAAGGCGAUCAUAAGUGAUCAAGGGUCUCAUUUUUGUAACAGACACAUGAAGGCUUUGCUACAUAAGUACGGGGUUACACAUAAAGUUUCUACAUCCUAUCAUCCUCAAACAAAUGGGCAAGUAGAAGUGUCUAACAGGGAGGUGAAAUCAAUUCUUGAAAAGACUGUGAGACCAGAUAGGAAGGAUUGGAGCAAAAGACUUGAAGAUGCACUAUGGGCUUAUAGGACUGCUUUCAAGACCCCUAUAGGAAUGUCUCCAUACAGGAUUGUGUAUGGAAAAGCUUGCCAUUUACCCGUGGAGAUUGAGCAUAGGGUGUAUUGGGCGGUUAAAGCAUGCAAUCUUGAUAGUGAAACGGUUGGAGAAGAAAGGAAAUUGCAACUUCAAGAACUUGAAGAGAUUAGAUUGGAAGCUUAUGAGAACUCACGAAUUUAUAAAGAAAAGACCAAGAGAUUUCAUGACAAACAAAUUGAGGUGAAAGACUUCCAAAUUGGUGACAAAGUACUUUUAUAUCGAUCUCGUCUCAAAUUGAUUAAAGUGGUUGAGAUCCAGAAUAUGUCUACUGGCCGGAUUUUUAAAGUUAAUGGACAAAGGCUUAAAAAGUUUCAUGAAGGAGUUAAGGGCUUGGUGGUGGAGGAAAUGGAACAUGUUGAUGCUAUCUAUCUGAGUUAG